UUGCCUGCGCUACCAGCGACAUCUCGCACUGAAAUACAGCAUACAGCAACCAGCAGUCACGAUGGCGCCUGGGCGGGCCUUCGAGGCACUUCAGAAUGGCGUGUCCUUCGAAAGUAUAAAGCUUAGCCAUGAUGGGCGGCACUCUUCGUUGACUGACUCGCUCCCCUCAAGCUCUCCCACAGCAUCUCCACCCUCCAGACCUUUUCACGAUGCGCUUUGCUCCUUUUUGCGCUCUCCUGGCCCUGGCCACACCACUCUCCGCAGUCAGUGCAGCGCCAUCUAGCUUGACGGACGCAGAUGCGCUGCUGAACGAGCGUCAAGUCAAAGUGCUUACCGCAGGCGGCACGCUCAGCAAGGGCAAAAAGUGCUCGACUUCGGGACAGUGCAAGACGAAUCUAUAUUGCAGCAAGAGCAAGUGCGCUACCAUUCAAGGCGUGGGAGGUGCUUGCUACAAGAACGUUGGUUGCAAGUCGAAGAGCUGCGACCUCAAGGCUGGCAAAUGCCUCGGCUCUGUCGGCGAGAGUUGCAAGGCUUCCGCUUCCUGCGCUUCCGGCUACUGCGGCAAUUCCAAGUGCGCUGCCAAAGCUGCCGUAGGCGAGGCCUGCUACAAGAACAUCGGCUGCGCAAGCAACAUCUGUACCGCGGGUAAAUGCGCCGCUUCUUCCACCACCCCGCCGAGCGGAGGUGGCGGCGGCUCCACGCUCAAGCCUGUGCCUGCUCACGUCACCCGCCUGGAUGACUUCUCGAACGGCCUCGGAGUGUGGACAUCCACGGGUGCCGUCAAGGUAGUCAUGCACCGACGUCAACGGUGACAAGUCGGUACAAGCCGCCGCCGCCGAUCAGGACGCAUCUUUCGGCAGGGAUAUACCCGCGUCUGCAGGAACUCAGAAGCGCGGCGAGCUGAGCAAGCGUCAAACUUACAAUUCGUACACUAUCC